AUGAGUACUCUUGCGGCUUUGCGAAGGAGAUUGCUCUCAGAGAAGAUGAACAAGGAGCGUCCACCACGCGCGUUGCCCCCGUCGCUGCCUUUCUUUCUCAAUCUCCGCGACAGCGGCAUUGAAGAACGUGAAUUUUCUCACAUCGCACUCGGCAUUACCCUCGCUAUGGUUGCCGCUUUGAUGGAAUCUCUGAAUUGUGUGGAAUGUCCCCCUCACUGCCCGAUAAUUCUCACCGCUAAGAUCCAUCAAGUAGAAGAUUGGUAA